CUCCACCUUGUACCAAGAUGGCGGCAGAAGGAGCUGGUGGGAAAUACAGAAGCACAGUCAGCAAAAGCAAAGACCCCUCGGGGCUGCUCAUCUCUGUGAUCAGGACCCUGUCUACCAGUGAUGAUGUUGAAGACAGAGAAAAUGAGAAGGGGCGUCUUGAAGAAGCCUAUGAGAAGUGUGAUCGUGACCUGGAUGAAUUGAUCGUGCAGCACUACACAGAAUUGACAACAGCCAUUCGCACGUACCAGAGCAUCACAGAGCGCAUCACCAACUCCCGAAACAAAAUAAAGCAGGUAAAAGAGAAUCUGCUUUCAUGCAAGAUGCUGUUGCACUGCAAACGAGAUGAGCUCCGGAAAUUGUGGAUUGAAGGAAUUGAACACAAGCAUGUCCUGAACCUGCUGGAUGAAAUCGAGAAUAUCAAGCAAGUGCCUCAAAAGCUGGAACAGUGCAUGGUCAGCAAGCACUAUCUCAGUGCCACCGACAUGCUGGUGUCUGCAGUCGAGUCUUUGGAGGGUCCCCUGCUCCAGGUGGAAGGACUGAGUGACCUUAGGCUGGAGCUUCACAGCAAGAAGAUGAACCUCCACUUAGUUCUCAUAGAUGAGCUGCAUCGGCACCUGUACAUCAAAUCCACUAGCCGAGUUGUGCAGCAGAACAAGGAAAAAGGCAGGAUGAGCUCCCUCAUGAAAGAUGCUUCUCCUGUUCCUCUGCUUGAUGUCACAAACGUUCCUACUCCUCGAAAAUUCCUCGAUACCUCUCAGUAUUCUACUCCUGGAAGCUCAAGUGUGAAGGAGAUAAACCUUCAGGACAUCAAGGAGGAUUUGGAGUUGGAUCCAGAGGAAAACAGCACCCUUUUUAUGGGCAUCCUCAUUAAGGGGCUGGCCAAACUGAAGAAGAUCCCAGAGACAGUUAAGGCGAUCAAAGAACGCUUGGAGCAGGAGCUGAAGCAAAUUGUGAAGAGGUCUACAACCCAGGUGGCUGACAGUGGUUAUCAGAGGGGAGAGAACCUCACGGCUGAGAACCAACCAAGGUUACUUCUAGAACUGCUGGAGUUGCUGUUUGACAAGUUUAAUGCUGUAGCUGCUGCACACUCUGUGGUCCUGGGAUACCUGCAGGACACUGUUGUGACUCCACUGACUCAGCAGGAAGAUGUCAAAUUGUAUGACAUGGCAGACGUGUGGGUGAAGAUCCAAGAUGUUCUGCAGAUGCUGUUGACUGAGUACUUGGAUAUGAAAAAUACUCGUGCAGCCUCUGAACCCUCAGCUCAACUAAGUUAUGCCAGCACUGGGCGCGAGUGUGCAGCCUUUUUUGCCAAGAAGAAACCUCAAAGGCCCAAAAAUUCUCUUUUCAAGUUCGAAUCAUCCUCCCAUGCCAUCAGUAUGAGUGCCUAUUUGCGAGAACAGAGAAGGGAGCUGUACAGUCGGAGUGGGGAGCUUCAAGGGGGUCCUGAUGACAACUUAAUUGAAGGUGGAGGAACAAAAUUUGUCUGCAAACCUGGAGCCAGAAAUAUUACUGUCAUAUUCCAUCCAUUAUUAAGAUUCAUUCAGGAGAUAGAGCACGCCUUGGGACUUGGCCCAGACAAACAGUGUCCUCUUCGAGAGUUUCUCACCGUGUACAUCAAAAACAUCUUCCUCAAUCAGGUCUUGGCUGAGAUCAACAAGGAGAUCGAAGGAGUCACGAAAACGUCUGACCCCCUGAAGAUCCUAGCUAACGCAGACACCAUGAAAGUGCUGGGGGUGCAGCGGCCUCUCCUACAGAGCACAAUCAUUGUGGAGAAGACAGUGCAAGACCUCAUGAACCUGAUGCAUGACUUGAGUGCCUAUUCGGAUCAGUUCCUCAACAUGGUGUGCGUGAAGCUACAGGAGUACAAGGACACCUGCACUGCAGCCUACAGGGGCAUUGUCCAGUCAGAAGAAAAACUUGUCAUCAGUGCAUCUUGGGCAAAAGAUGAUGAUAUCAGCAGGCUCUUGAAAUCUCUACCAAACUGGAUUAACAUGGCUCAACCCAAACAGCUGAGGCCAAAGAGAGAAGAGGAAGAAGAUUUCAUAAGAGCAGCCUUUGGCAAGGAGUCAGAAGUUCUUAUUGGGAACCUGGGUGAUAAAUUAAUCCCUUCACAGGACAUCCUCCGCGAUGUCAGCGACCUCAAAGCCUUGGCCAACAUGCAUGAGAGCUUGGAAUGGUUAGCAGGUCGAACAAAGUCGGCUUUCUCCACUCUUUCUACAUCCCAGAAUCUGUCUCCUGCUCAAGAUAACCACGUGAACGUGGAUCUCCCACCCGUGUCGGAGCAGAUCAUGCAGACUCUGAGCGAACUUGCAAAAUCUUUCCAGGAUAUGGCUGACCGCUGCUUGCUGGUCCUACACCUGGAAGUCAGGGUUCACUGUUUCCACUAUCUCAUCCCUCUGGCGAAGGAGGGGAACUAUGCCAUUGUCGCUAACGUGGAAAGUAUGGAUUAUGACCCUCUGGUGGUCAAGCUCAACAAAGACAUCAGCGCCAUUGAGGAGGCCAUGAGUGCCAGCCUCCAGCAGCACAAGUUCCAGUAUAUAUUUGAAGGCCUAGGACACCUGAUCUCCUGCAUCCUUAUUAACGGCGCCCAGUACUUCCGGCGCAUCAGUGAGUCUGGCAUCAAGAAGAUGUGUAGGAACAUUUUUGUCCUUCAGCAGAAUUUGACCAACAUCACCAUGUCUCGGGAGGCAGACCUGGACUUUGCAAGGCAGUACUACGAGAUGCUGUACAACACGGCCGAUGAACUCCUGAACCUGGUAGUGGACCAGGGCGUGAAGUACACGGAGCUGGAGUACAUCCAUGCCCUGACGUUGCUGCACCGCAGCCAGACGGGGGUGGGAGACCAGACCACCCAGAACAUGCGGCUGCAGCGGCUCAAGGAGAUCAUCUGCGAGCAGGCAGCCAUCAAGCAAGCCACCAAGGAUAAGAAAAUAACUACGGUGUAAGGGGGGGUGCACCACGGGAGGGGGCGGGGGACUGGUCAUUUUGUUUCCUUGGUCAUACUUCUUUCUUUGGUAUGUUAUUUUGUAUAUUCUGAGCUGACUUAGUUUCCUCUACACUGAUGCUUGAGUGGAGAGAAGUUGUAAGGGUUCUUUUCUCUUCAGUUUUGGUUUUUCAUAUAAACUGUAAAGAGACUUUGCAGUACAGAAUGUUUGGAUUGAACAUUUACUUUGUUGCAGUCAAUUCCAAAGGGAAUUGAGGAAGGUUGUGUCGAAUUGAACUCUGCAAAAAAAUGAAUGCAUGAAUGACUAAUGCCCAGCAAUCUUUGGUAAGUAAAUUGUUCCUAAGUUCUAGUCCCUCCCUAAAAUCACUUAAUAGGGUUCUAUUACAUAAACAGUAGGAUUUUUACUGUCUUGACCUUGUCAGUUUACAGUUCGAUGAAAUAAGUGUAUGUGUAUUGCUUUCUGUCUCUAUUGCCAAUGGCUUCUCAGCUGGCUGCAGUUUUCAACAAAUUUCCCUGACCGAAACAGGACCUCUUCAGGGCUUGGGAGAAAAAAAUCCUUUUAUCUCAAUCCUUGGGGGAGUUUUGUAUGCAGUAGCCUGGACCCAGGUGAUAGGUUGGUUUGAUGCCUUCUUUUUUUUCUGCUGUAUCAAAACCAAGCACCAUCAAAUUAAUGACGAAAAUGAAAGAAGGAAAGGCGAUUCAACCCUCUUCUUGAUUUUUCUCCUCUGUUCUCCAAGAGAAAAUGAUGGUUAGAGAAUUUUUUUAUCUCACUUGAAACAUUGUCUGGGUGUGAAUGAUUCAUCAAUGCUUACUCUCCUUGGGAGCCCCUAGGUCUUUCUCAUCUUAGAAAGUAGCCCAGCCCUGCCAGCUGAGUGAAAGAAAGCUGGAACAGCCGUGACAUUCCUCCUCUGUGCACCCACCAGCUGAGGCUGUUUCUGAAGUGCUCUCGGCUGGUGUGGGAGCUCGCUGCUCCUGGCACACUCGCCUUCCCCACUGUCCCCAUAUCUCCAAGCUCUCUUCCUGCCUAUGGCUCAUAUAUCACAGAAGAAAGCAAUGUCCUGACCGGGACACAACUUGAAAACACGUGGAAAGGAGAGUGGAAAGGACUUGGACCACAUGAGGUCAUGCCUUAUGCCCUGAUGGUUCAGAAUUUUACACCUGUUUGUACAACUUAGGUCUUGUUGGGAAAAGCAGAAAAUUAAAAAAUGGUUUGAGAAGCUUAAAUGUUGCGUAUUGUUUUUCU